AUGGGUUACCAACAGAUUACGAGAUUUUCUGAGUUGGGUAACAAGAGUAGGAUCUAUGAUGAGGAUAGCCGUGAAAGUGCUACUCAUUACAAGUCCUUGCAUGAUAAGAAAGGAAAAGGGAAAUUCCGAGGGAAGCCGUAUGACGGUAAGAAGAAAGCUGGUGAUGGCAAGAAGCCGAGUGGGGGAGGAUUUCACACUCCUGUCAAGUGCUUCAGAUGUGGUGUUGAGGGACAUCGUGCUCCCGAGUAUCCUAAGGGCGAUGUGACUUGUUUCAAUGCGACGAGUUCUUUUAUUUCUUUGGAUUGUGAUAAGAGAUUGAAUCUUGAAUUAUCUGUUAUGCGUGGAGGCAUGUUUAUUGAUACUCUGACUAUGGGUUUAGUGACUACUUCAUCUGUUUGUUUGAAAUGUCCGUUGAAUAUUUGUGAUAAAGAUUUUGAAGUUGAUUUAGUAUGUCUUCUAUUGAGUCAACUUGAUGUUAUUUUGGGAAUGGACUGGUUGAGGGUCAACAAUGUCUAUAUCAAUUAUUUUGCGAGAGGUGUUCUUUUUCUUGAGCCAGAGAAGGAAGGUGAUUUAUUCUUGUCUACUCAACAAGUGAAUGAAUUUGUGCGAGAUGGUGCUGAAAUAUUUAGUUUGGUGGAAAGUUUGAAGUUGAUUGAAAAUGGAACAUUGGGUGAAUUUCCAGUUGUUCGUGAUUUUCAUGAAAUGUUUCCUAAUGAGGUUAGCGAUUUUCUGCUUGAACGUGAAGUUGAGUUCACAAUUGAUUUGAUUUCUGGUACUAGUCCGGUAUCGAUGACUCUGUAUCGGAUGUCACCAUCUGAGUUGAAAGAGUUGAAGAGUCAACUAGAGGGUUUGCUUGAUAAGAGGUUUAUUCGUAUGAGUGUGUCAUCGUGGGGUGCACCUGUCUUGUUAGUUAAGAAGAAAGAAGAGAAGCAGUUGUUUGCCAAAAUUUCAAAGUGCGAGUUUUGGUUGAAGGAAGUGAGUUUCCUUGGCCAUGUGAUCUCUAGUGGUGGUAUUUCGGUUGAUCCUUAUAAGAUUGAGGCUAUAUCUCAAUGGGAAGCACCAAAAUCUAUCUCUGAGAUUCGUAGUUUUCUUGGUUUGGCAAGUUAUUAUCGAAAGCUUAUUGAUGGUUUUUCUAAGUUAUCUUUGCCGUUAACGCAGUUGACUAGGAAAGAUCAAGCUUUCAUUUGGACUGCAUAA